GAAGAAAUGACAUUUCCUUAUUUGACACAUUUUUAUUUUUUCGUAAACAAUACAGAUAGCAAACAAGACAAAAUAAAACGCCGAGGUUGCAUUUCUUUUGUAGAAGUUUUGUAUGUCUGGACGACCUGUAUACAUACUAGUACUUCUACAGGCUUUUAGUUCUUGAAGUGCACUAAGGUAAAACCAAUUUUGGACGUAUUUGCCUAGUGCAAACUAGACAUAAAGGCAAAAAAAGUAACAAGGCCAGUUGGGUGACGAAGUACAUUCAUCUCAGGACUACCUACGAGCCAACUAACCACCAUCCUUGGAAUAUGGCAAAGCUUUCCCAUGAAAAUCUUGAGGUAUUUAUCAACGACUAUCUCAAGGAAGAUUUGAAACAUUUGGAGAAGUACAUUAACAUAUACAAUGAGGAAAUUAUGGAAUUUAUCCAACUUAAAAAUACCAUACAAACCAUGCGUGAAAAUCUCCCCGAUGGCUAUAAGACUCAAAUGAACAUUGGUGGCAAUUUCUUUAUUCAGGCCAAAGUGGAUAAUCUUGACGAAAUUUUGGUGGAUGUGGGCAAAGGCAUUUAUAUACCUUUCACCGCAGAGGAAGCUAUCAAGUUUGCCGAUGUCAAGGUGAAAAUGUUAAAUAAUGAAUGUGAUGUGUUGCGGGAGGAAAGCAUAAAGAAACGUUCGGAAAUCAAGGUGGCCCUUAUGUAUAUGGCCGAACAACAACAAUUGAUGGAGAAUGAAAAGAAAUAGUGUAGUAAAUAGUACUAGGUUGUUAAUUUUAUUACAAUAGAGUUAAUUGUAAAUAAUAUUUAUCGAAAUAAGCGGGAUAUGAUAUUCCAGUUAAGGCAUUCGAUUUGUAUAAAAUUCCAAAUUAAAGCAGAAAUGAUUAGAAGAAGAAUGAAA